CCUCUCCCCCCCCCCCCCCUCCCUCCCCGUGAGAAGCUUGGUCCAGCACAGCGCCGAGCGACCGCCGAGAGCUGGCCGCGUCGGGCGCUGUUGGGCAUGGCGAGCAGCGGGGGAGGCGCGGCUGCGGCGGCGCGGAUGGACCCGGAGGCGGCGACGGAGCUGGCGCGGAAGGGGGUCACGCUCCUGCUCCUCGACGUGCCCCAGCACACCCUCCUCGGCCUCGACACCCAGGUGUUCUCGGUCGGCCCCAGGUUCAGAGGGAUCAAGAUGGUGCCCCCAGGCCCGCACUUCCUCCACUACUGCUCCCCCAGCAGGCGCGGGAAUGAGUUCGCCCCGACAGUCGGAUUCUUUCUUACCACUCACCCAUCUCAGGUGGUCGUUCGAAGAUGGCAUGCUCAAGAGGAGAGACUAGUGACACUAUCAGAAGAGGAGGAAAUCAGAUACUCUGAAGCAGUAAAACGUUUCGAGUUCGAUGAUCAGCUUGGACCAUACAAUUUGGAUUCUUUUGGAGACUGGAAACAACUUUCAAGCUACUUGUCACAAAGUGUCAUUGAACGCCUUGAGCCAAUUGGUGGAGAAAUUACAAUUGCAUUGGAGACAUCAUGGAUGGAUAGAGCUCCCCAAACAGAUAUGGAGAGACGAUUGAUGGAACAACUUAGAGAAGACAAGUUUGCAAAGAAAGCCCCUGCACAGCCUGAGAGGAGAGGAUGCUAUUACACAACUAUCCCAGCUUCGGUUAAGCACAGAAACAUUUCUGCAGAUGAGCUGACUUUGCUGAAUUUGGACAGAACAAGCUUGCUGGAGACUGUCUUGGCCAAAAAUUAUCAAGGCCAAGAAGAUUUACUCUUGGGGGAGCUGCAGUUCUCUUUCGUAGCGUUUAUGAUGGGACAGUCACUGGAGGCGUUUAUGCAGUGGAAAGCAUUAGUCAGUCUUCUUUUGAGCUGUAGCGAAGCUCCACUUCAUACAAGGACACAAUUGUUUGUAAAGUUUAUUAGGGUUAUUUACUACCAGUUCAAGCAUGGCUUUCAACGUACACAUGAUUCCAGAAGUAGUGAGGACAAGGGCAAUUCUUUGUUUCUGGACGAAGCAUGGUUUUCAAGAGACAUAUUCCUUUACCGGCUUUCCAAGGAUUUCUUGGCGGUAAUAUUUGAAGCUCAAGUCGUGGAUGGGGACCUUCUGUCAUGGGCUAGGAAACUGAAGACGCUCCUGGAGACCACGUUUGGGUGGGAUCUCGAGAACAACGCGGUGAACCUUAUCGAUGAGGACGAUGAGUUUGCUCCCGUGGUCGUGGAGAUGGACGGCUCCUAGGGCGCGCACAUUCCACGGAAUCUCACGACGGUGGACGCACCGAGUUUUAGCAAGUAACAAAGGGACAUGGUGAGGUUAUCAGCUGGCUGCUACUCUUUCUGAAGAUGGAUGCUUAGCUUCUACUGUCAGAAGAGAAGGAUGGAUACUUGCUUUGCACUGGCAUUCUUAGUAGUAGUUCCCCGAACGUUGACUGUAAAUAUGCGAGGAUUUCCAACUUGCUGGUUGCAUCACCAGGACAGUAGUUUGGAAAUUCAUCCUAGGCUUUGCAGAUUGACCGUGGCACUACCGGAUUCCGUAGGCUUUGCGGAUUGUGGGCUUUUAUUUCCACCAUCGCUCUCUCCAAUAUGGCAUGAAAACAAAGGAAAAGGUUUUCUGGACAA